AUGGGCGAUAUCAUCGAUGCCGGAGCUUCUUCCAAGCUCUUCACUCCUCUGGACAUUGGAAAUGGCAAGAUUCACCUAAAGCACCGCAUUGUUCAUGCUCCUCUUACCAGAAACCGAGGAACUCCGGUUAAUAUCGAGUCUACGCCGGAGAACCCCAACCGACUCUGGGUUCCCAAUGAUCUGAUGGCUGAAUACUAUUCUCAACGAGCGACCGAUGGUGGUCUCAUCAUUUCUGAAGGUCUCCCUCCUUCACUUGAGGGUAAUGGAAUGCCAGGCGUUCCAGGCAUUUUCUUGCCUCAACAGGUAGAAGGCUGGAAGAAGGUCGUUUCUGCUGUUCAUUCCAAAGGAGGUUAUUUCUACGCCCAGCUUUGGCACUCCGGCCGCGCCAACAUCCCUCAGUUGACUGGAACUCCUAUUCUUGCUCCCUCUGCCACACCAUGGGAUGACCCCAACGAGACCUUCUCAUAUCCCCCACCUCACAGCACCACGCCCGUUAAAAUCGCAGACUAUCCACCUAUCGAGAUGACCGUUGAUAAGAUCAAGAGUACUAUCAGUGACUACGUCAAUGCCGCAAAGAACGCAAUUGAAGCUGGUUUCGACGGUGUUGAAGUCCACGGUGGAAAUGGAUACCUUGUCGAACAGUUCCUCUCCUCAAACGUCAACAAACGAACGGACCACUACGGCGGUUCUGAGGAGAAGAGAUGUAACUUUGCAAUUGAACUUAUGGAGGAACUAGCCAAGGCGAUUGGUCAAGAGAACCUGGCUAUUCGUCUCACCCCUUUUGGUCUCUUUAACCAAUCUCGUGGUGAGAAGCGCGUUGAAACGUGGAGUCACCUCUGCCGUGAACUGAAAUCCCGCUUGCCCAAGCUUUCGUACGUUAGUUUCGUUGAACCGCGGUAUGAGCAGAUCUUUUCGGAGGAGGAGAAACAAAAGUUCUUGGGAUCUUGGGGUUUACCUACUGUCGAUCUGUCGCUGUUCCGUUCGAUCUUUGGAGAUACACCAUUCUUUUCCGCUGGCGGAUUCAAUGAUGUUAACUCCUGGGGUGUUGUCGAGAGUGGAAAAUAUGAUGCCCUUUUGUAUGGAAGGUAUUUUAUCAGUAACCCUGAUUUGGUGGAGAGAUUGAGAAACGGUUGGCCGUUGCAGGCAUAUGAUAGGAAGACGUUUUAUGGGCCUUUUGAGGAUAAUGCUGUUGGAUAUACGGAUUAUCCCUUUUACAAAAAGGAGUAGUCUAGAUGUUGAG